AUGUCUGAUGAUAUAAUGUCGUCAGCAUUCCCGCGCAGUCAACUCAUUUCUAAAGAAUUAGAAAAAGCAGAAAUUGUAUUUUCAGUUCGAAAUAGGGGGAAUAAUGACCCUACCGAGCGGCUAGGUCUUUUGAAAGAGAUGUCAUUACAACCCAACCCAAACUAUGCCAACACCGACACCAACACUGACACUGACACUGACACCGCAACCACAACCGCAACCGAACAAUCUUCAAUGCGCAAUACACAAACGAGAGUACCAUUCUGA